UAAUAAUAAAUAUUCGGUAUUCUUCAGAAGUGAUAAAAUUAUUUAUGUUAUGUUAACAGAGUACGAAUGUGGGAAAUGCUUUAUACUGCAUGGAUUGGCCACUACUAUCAGUUAACGAAAGAAAAGAAUUGUUGAUAAUCAUGUUACGGAGUACAAUUCCUAUAAAAUUCACUAGCAGCUUCUUAAUAACUCUGUCUCUUCAAUCUUACAGCAAUAUCUUAAGAAUGUCGUACACAGCAUUCAAUGUACUUCAAAAGUGAAAUAUAAAUAAUUAUAAGUGUACUUAGGCAUGAUAAUUGUGUAGUUUGUCAUAAAUUAGUUAGUAAAUUCUAAAAUAUUUAUGUACGCAUUUAUUUUAACCUUAUUCUUUAUUACGAUUCUAAGAAUAUUGGCACUAAUCCACACACACAUACAUAUAUAUUUUUGUAUACUGUAAUAUAAUGCAACAGUUUCAUUUCAUGCACAACUAAUUUUAGCUUCAGCAUGGAGUCAAGGAAAAGAAAUUUAUCAGUUUUUACGUCACAUCUAACAUAUUGCACACAGAGUUGACCUAUAGUCAUAUUGUAUAUUUGUAGUCGGUAUAGCAAGUCGAGCAGUAAUUAAUUUAGAAAAUGUGUAAAUAUUUUAACAUUGCUGUUAAUGCUACAUUAUCUCGUAUUUUAUGCAACAAGAAAAGGCUCUAUGAGAUAUACGGUCUGCCACACAAUAAAGAAGAUAAAGAAAUUCGAUGAGAAUAAUAACAUGUACGCGUCUGUAAAAAGUAAUAUCCCUCGACUAGUAUAAGCAGGAAAAUUUUCACAAUUAUAGUCUUCAUAGGAGCGGAAAAGGAAGUGGAAAGGGACGAGUAUUGCGUAAUGAAUAUCUAAACGAUGCAAUGUCGAUUUUUUAAUGACACUUAUUAUUGAUACUGAGGUAAGUUGAAGUACGUAAAACUAUACAUACUCCAUCACAAGAUAUGCUCGACUACGUUUAACUGAAAUUUAUUGAUAUUCAUAAUAGCGAAACAUGUUGUAUCUGUAAUAUUUGUUAAUUCUAUUGUAUUAAUAAAAAGUAAAAUAGUAAGAAAAAUGUUCUAAUACAAGUGCGCGAUAGACUUCUACAAAUACUGUUUUUUAAUUGGGUUCAUACGAAUAGUCUAUUACAUUAAUGUUACUUAAGAUCAUCAGAUUAGUAAACCAACAAGAUAAUAAUUAUAUGCAAUCUUCGUGCAAAGUGAAUGAAAUCUAUCGCUGACAUGCAGUUUCACGUGUGCGAUUUAAACAUUAAUUUGUGGAAUUUAGUAAUAACAUAUUCAAUUUUGUGAAACUACUUUUCGUAUCAAAUUUGUUUUCUCUUACAAUUAACUUCUGAAUAUUUAAUUGGAUAUUCAAUGCUUUAAGAUACUUGUUGGAAACUUUUUACACGUAGAAAGAGGCUUCACUUUUGUGUAUCACUUUGAUGAGUUUGUAAAGAAAGGGAUCCAAAUAUGCAAAUACUCACUCUGAAUUUCUUUAUACAUACACUUUGUGGUAUAUGGCAACCUAUUGAGUGGUCUUCAAAUGUUGCAAAACUGUUGUAUAAUGUAUUUACUUUUAUUGUAAUACUCACAGAGUAUUUUUUUGUGUUAACACAAUUUAUGGAUAUAGUUUUUGUUGUCGACAAUAUUGAUGAUUUUGCCACUAAUACUCUAAUGUUCCUGACUAUUGUUGCUGUAUGUUGCAAAGCGACUGUCAUUGUAGUGCAACGAAAUGCAAUUAUUAAUUUGGUACAAGUAUUGUUGAAAACACCGUGCAAACCUCGUAACGAGGAUGAAGCAACGAUACAAACAAAGUUUGAUAAGUUUAUCAGGUCAUAUUCAAUAAAAUAUUCACUUUUGGCGACAGGCUCCUGUACAUGUGUCACAAUAGGAUCGAUUCUAACUAUUAUGCAAGGUCACAUGCCUUAUCGAAUAUGGCUGCCAUUCAAUUUCAAAAUACCUAUAGUUUUCGAGAUUAUCUCUAUUCAUCAAGUUAUAGCUGUAAUUUUUGCCACUAUGAUAAAUGUCGGCACGGAAACCCUAGUCUUCGGAUUGUUUUUGCAAACGUGUGCUCAGCUUGAAAUUUUCGAAAGUCGUCUUCACAAAUUAGUAAUUAAUAGAACGAUUAAAUAUUUAGAACAUCCUCUCUCUUCAUCGAAUGAAAAUAAAAUGGAAAUAUCGCAGUGCGUACAUCAUCAUCUCAGCAUUUAUAAAUAUGCCAAAAAGGUAAACGUUAUAUUCAACCAGGUGCUCUUCAUUCAGUUCUUUGGCAGUAUACUGGUAUUAUGUACAAGUGUAUAUUACCUGUCAAUGCAUAUUAAAGAACUGUCUGCAAUUGCAAAUUUAUUAGUAUACACCAUUUGUAUGUUCGUACAAAUAUAUGUUUAUUGCUGGUCUGGAAAUGAAGUUAUUCUGAAGAGUACGAGCACAGGAAACGCUGUAUAUCAUAUGGAUUGGCCAUUACUGUCUGUCAAUGAUAAAAAAGAAUUGCUGAUGAUCAUGAUGCGUAGUACUAUUCCUAUAAAGUUCACUAGCAGCUUCUUGAUAACUGUGUCCCUUGAGUCUUAUAGCAAUAUUUUAAAGACAUCGUACACAGCAUUUAACGUACUUCAAAAGUGAAAUAUGAAUAAUUCAAAGUGUACCUAGGCAUGGUAAUUGUGUAGUUUUUCAUAAAUUUGUUAGCAAAUAAAA